AUGAGUAAUUAAUAAAAUUCAGUAUUUUAUGGGGCAGGAGACAAUGCGAAUAAUUAGCUAUAAUAGUCUCCAAACAAAAAUAACGUUUAAAUAUAGUAAUAAUUUGCAAGUAAUAACUUGGAAAUGAAAGGCGAUUUAUAAAACUUAAUGAAUGGCAUAGGGCAAGAAGCGCAAAUUAAGUUUUAAUAACAGCUAGCUCAGUUAGUAGUCAAUAAAGUUUAUAAGUAAGAAGAAGAAAAGAAGAAAAAAGAGGAAGAAGGAGUUAAUGUAGAUGGCGAUUAAGAAUCUUGUUCCCAACUCUUGUUUAAGAGAUGUUGCUUCUUCUUAGAUAUAGACUUUUAUAAGCCUUAUUUUUAACAUGUAACAACCUCUGCUGUACUUAAAAGAAUAGGAUAUUCAUUAAUUCCAUUCAAAGCUGAUUUCUUUUCAGUCGCUGAUAACACCCCAGACUUAUAUGGUCCCUUAUGGAUUUCCUUUACUUUGGUAUUUGCACUAACAGCAGCUGGAAAUUUAUCUCUAUAUUUGCAAGCAGAUAAUCCAGGCCACUUUGAUUACAAAUUUUCUUUUGUAUCUCUUGCUUUUAGUGUUGUAUUCGGAUAUAUCACAAUAGUUCCAAUUUUUAUAGCAUUCAUGAUGAGGUUAUUUGGAAGUAGUUAGACUUACUAUUUAUAGACAAUCUGCAUUUUUGGAUACUCUCUUUUUGUUUUUAUUCCUGUCUCCCUUCUCUGCACGAUUCCAAUAAAUUUAGUUUAAUACUGCCUCUUUUUGUAUGCUGCCUUCAAUUCUACAUUUUUCCUUCUUAACAAUUAUUUAAGUAAAUUGAACUAACUUAAGACUGAAGAUGGAUAGACAGAUAGAAAAAAAAUUAUUAUUGGUUUGAUAGCUGGUAUAUAAAUUUUAUUUAUGUUUUUAUAUAAAUACUACUUCUUCAAGAGAAUCUAUGGCUCAGCUACCCAAGAUUUAUUAGGGGAAGAACAAGAUAUCCCCGAUUUAUAUUAAGGCAUUAACCAUUCUCACAAAUAUAAUAUGACCUUAGAUCACAGCGAAAGACUCUAUAAACAACUUCAUGGAACUGGCAAACAUCUUUUAAUUUGA